UCACGACGCUCCCGCCCCCUCGGGCCGCCCCAUAAAGCGCCGCCGGCCCGAGUGUCGCCGCACCAUGGCUGCACCGCGUCUCGCCCGACACCCAGGAGCUGCUGCCCGAGUCCUCCUGCCCCUGCUCUGCUGGGCUCUGGUGUCCCCGCACACGGGUGCCAUGGCCCUGCAGCCCCCCCACAUCACCGUCCUGCGGCUGUCAGCAGAGCCCCCCCGCCUGGGCGAGAAGGUGACGGUGUCGUGUGAGGCGGUGAGCGACCUCCCCGAGUUCACGCUGCUCUACUGGCUGGGGAACGGCUCCUUCGUGGAGAAGCUGCACUGGGACGGGGCCGUGAGCGAGGGGACGGUGCUGGAGGAGCCGCGGGGCUCGGGGGUGACCCUGCUCCGCGACCUGCACUUCAGCUCCUUCAGCACCCAGUACCUGCGCACCAACUACACCUGCGUGGUGCUCAGCCCCCUCGGCAUGGACACCAAGGCGGUGCGGUGGGUGCCCCCGGCACCGGCCCCCAGCUCUGCCACGAGCGGGGGACUGGGCUGAGACCGGGAAGCAACUCGUGACUCAUGCAAGUCCCGGCUCGUGUGGCCCUGCGCUGCGGCGUGGGGCCGUGAUGCCUCCAUGGAGGCCCAUCUCUGUGUCUCACCAUGGGGUCCGCAUGGCCCCAUGUGUGCUGGCCCCGCUGUGCUUGGGGCUCCUGACACCACAAGCUGAGCCGGGAGCGCUGCCCCUGUUGGCCCCAGGACCUGCCCCCAGCCGGCUGUGGGACCCCAGGGUUUAUUAAAGCACAUGAAGUCUG